AUGGGAGAAUUCUCUAAUAUCGACUCUCCUUCGCAAUGGAUAGAUACUGUGGCUGUGGACCAGCCCUAUCGUGACGUACCGUCAGAAGUUCUCGAGCAGCUUUAUCGGCCAAUUGCGCCAUGGCAAAUACGUCUACUAAGGAUUGCUCCUUCAGCCGACUUCCAAUCCGAUCUCACAUGCGAUCUUUUGACAGCGGAUCUCAUACCUUUCCCUGGCGUGGGGUUGGUGCAAGAGUCUACCAUUGUACAAUACGAGGCACUCUCCUACUCAUGGGGCUAUCCAGCACUCACCAAAUCCAUCGCCUGUAAUGGCUUGCGCCUCCCUGUUUCCGACACAAUGUAUGAAGCCCUCCGUCACAUUCGCAGAAAAGACAAGAUCCGAUAUCUGUGGACAGAUGCCUGUUGCAUAAACCAAAGGAAUCUCCACGAGAAAUCGAAGCAGGUCGAGAUGAUGUUUGUCAUCUUUCAAAAGGCGAUGAGAGUCGUGGCAUGGCUCGGAACACCAUCUCCAGAGGAGGAAAUCCUCUUUCACCUAGUCAGCCGAACCGACGAAUACGACCAGGUUGAUCAGCAUGUGUACUCUCUUAGCUCCCCGCCGAACAACAAACGAUACCAUCAUGACCAUUACGACCAUAACUUGGCCCUGGCCCGCGAGGCCGCAAUGCGAAUGGUCACUUCAAGAGCGUUCUUUCGGCGUACUUGGAUCAGGCAAGAAUUCUUUGCCGCCCAAGAGAUGGAUAUUGUCUGCGGAAAGCACGUGUUUUCCUUUCCUAGGCUCUCGAACGUCCUAGACCAGCUUCUACCCGAAUAUGCUACAUCUCCGAGUCGAUUUAUCCACGACCCUGACCCAGCGUCUCGAGCCCUACUCUGCUAUAGCUACUUCCGCAGCGAUUACGAAUCGCAACAAAUGCAUCAGACACGGGAAGCCAACUCCAUCUGGUUCUAUACCAUUAUGAGAAGCGCCAUAUACCAAUCCACACUACCUCAAGACAAGAUCUUCGCAGUCUUGGGCAUUGUAACUGCGCUGACAAACCAGGAGGCAAAUGCGAAAAUGGACGUCGAGCAGUGGGACGCCACCAAGGGGUUACCGCCGAUCGACUACACAAAGCCAAUGUCAUUGGUAUUCCAAGACUUUAUAAAGCAUACGGUCAAUGGAAGUAAUAAUCUAAAAUGUCUGUCGAUCUUCGAAAACAGAGGCGCCAGUGGCAAAGACCUGCCCUCUUGGACGAUUGAUUUGCGAGUCGAUGUCCCUCGUUACCUUGUUCCUGAACAAAUGGCCUACUGGGGGCGGGACUUUGUCGAAGAAUUGAGAAAAACCACACUGGAUUUCGAUCAACACAACGUCCUUCCCCUACAUGGCCGACGGAUAGGAACGAUCGGUGCCCCUGAUUCCCAGAAGGCCACUUGUUUCCCUUGGUCCGAGGACUAUCCCAGGGAGGUCAUUGGACUUGCUUCCCCGAUGCUUGAAAGCUGUUUAUCAGCCGAAGAAAGCUGGUUCCCGGAGGCUGACAACCGAGACUCAGAAGGUCAACUAGCGCAAGCCCUGGCGCGCCUACAAACACAAUGUGCGUAUUUAUGGAAGGCAAUGGACUGCAAAUCAAGCGUUAUUAUGCCAUUAGACGGCACCCACGUGCCCGAGUUGCGAUCCAGGCCGAAAAGUGAAAGGUACCACUACGCGUUUGUGUCAGAUUUGGUUAACCACGGCGAUAUCCUGGUGCACUUGAAUGGCGCAUCCCUGCCCUUCGUAUUGCGAGACGCCGGGAAGGGAACAUUUUCUUUCCUUGGUCCGGCGAUUUUGGCCGUUGGGGUUUUCAAACACGGAGGGGGCAGAGGAACCAGGGCGGAGGCCUCCCCGCUUUUCCGCUAUGCGAUCGCCGGCGUGGACAAACUGGAACGGCAUCGUGUUGAGGAAUUUGUUCUCGUCUAG